AUGGAAUUUCAAGCAGUAGUGAUGGCAGUUGGAGGGGGAUCUCGGAUGACAGACCUGACGUCCAGCGUCCCUAAGCCUCUUCUUCCAGUUGGAAACAAACCUUUAAUUUGGUACCCAUUGAACCUGCUGGAGCGUGUUGGAUUUGAAGAAGUCAUUGUCAUUACAACCAGGGAUGUCCAAAAGGCUUUAUCUGCAGAAUUCAAGAUGAAAAUGAAGCUAGAUAUUGUGUGUAUUCCUGAUGAGGCUGACAAGGGAACUGCAGAUUCUCUGCGCCACAUAUAUGCAAAACUUAAGACAGACGUACUGGUCCUGAGCUGUGACCUAAUAACAGAUGUUGCCUUACAUGAGGUUGUGGACCUGUUCAGAGCUCAUGAUGCAUCACUUGCCAUGUUAAUGAGGAAAGGCCAAGAUAGCAUAAUUCCAGUUCCAGGUCAAAAGGGGAAAAAAAAAGCAGUGGAGCAGCGUGACUUCAUUGGAGUGGACAGCACAGGAAAGAGGCUGCUCUUCAUGGCUAAUGAAGCGGACUUGGAUGAGGAGCUGGUCAUUAAGGGAUCUAUCCUGCAGAAGCACCCUAGAAUACAUUUCCACACAGGCCUUGUGGACGCCCAUCUCUACUGCAUGAAAAAAUAUGUUGUGGACUUCCUAAUGGAAAAUGAGUCAAUCACGUCCAUCCGGAGUGAACUGAUUCCAUACCUAGUAAGAAAACAGUUUUCCUCAGCUUCCUCCCAACAAGGACAAGAGGAAAAAGAGGAGGAUCUAAAGAAAAAGGAGCUGAAGCCCUUAGAUAUUUACAGUUUUAUAAAAGAAAACAAUGCAAUGACCUUUGCUCCCUAUGAUGGUUGCUGGAAUGCCUGUCGAGGAGACAAGUGGGAAGACUUGUCCAGAUCACGGGUGCGCUGCUAUGUCCACAUCAUGAAAGAGGGGCUCUGCCUUCGAUUGAGCACCCUGGGACUCUACAUAGAAGCAAACAGACAGGUGCCCAAAUUGCUACCUCUUCUUUGUCCAGAAGAAUCACUGGUUCAUUCAUCCGCCCAGAUUGUCAACAAACACUUGGUUGGAGUUGACUGCCUCAUUGGGCCAGAUACACAGAUUGGAGAGAAGUCAUCCAUUAAGCACUCGGUCAUUGGUUCAUCUUGUGUCAUAAGAGAUAGAGUGACUAUCACUAGUUGCCUUCUCAUGAACUCAGUCACCGUGGAGGAAGGAAGCAACAUCCAGGGCUGUGUCAUCUGCAACAAUGCUGUGAUCGAGAAGGGAGCAGAUAUCAAGGACUGCCUAAUUGGAAGUGGCCAGAGGAUUGAAGCCAAAGCCAAACGAGUAAAUGAAGUGAUCGUGGGGAAUGACCAGCUCAUGGAGAUCUGA